AUGGCUUCCAAUAUUUGUCUCUAUUUGUUGUUCUCCUAUAUUACAACAAUCCUUCAUUUUAUUACAUUGGCUCAGUCUGAUAAUUACAUCAUUCACAUGGAUUUAUCAGCUAUGCCAAAAGUAUUCUCAAACCAACAUAUGUGGUAUCAUUCCAUUCUUUCUCAAGUUACUACUACCAACAAAAAUCUGAAUGCAACCUCUUCUAAAAUCAUUUAUACAUAUAGUAAUGCUAUGAAUGGUUUUAGUGCAAAUCUAUCACCUCAAGAUCAUGAGUCUCUCAAAAACUCUCCUGGUUAUGUUUCUUCAAUACCUGAUUUACCAUUGAAGCUUGACACAACACACACACCUCAGUUCCUUGGCCUUAAUCCUUACAAAGGGGCAUGGCCAGCUUCUGAGUAUGGCAAAGAUAUCAUUGUUGGUUUAAUUGACAGUGGUGUUUGGCCUGAAAGUGAAAGUUUCAAAGAUGAUGGAAUGACAGAAAUUCCCUCAAAAUGGAAAGGGAAAUUAUGUCAAUUUGAUAAUUCCGACCAUUCAUCGUUUUGCAACAAGAAACUCAUUGGAGCUAGAUACUUCAACAAAGGGUUCUUGGAGACAUAUCCCGACUUUCAUUCACCGAAUACAAACACCACGCGCGACGUGGUGGACGGUCAUGGAACCCAUACUUCAACAACUGCAGCUGGAAGCAAAGUUGAUGGUGCAUCUUUCUUUGGUUACGCAAACGGAACAGCAACAGGAAUAGCUUCAAUGUCUAGAGUAGCCAUGUACAAGGCUAUAUGGGGGAGCGAAAAAGAGCCAGUUGGAAUUUCAUCUGAUAUAAUAGCUGCAGUUGAUGCUGCAUUAUCAGAUGGUGUCGAUGUUCUUUCAAUGUCAAUAGGCUAUGACAAUAUAGCUUUGUACGACGACGCGGUUGCAAUAACCACAUUUGCAGCUAUGGAAAAAGGUAUUUUUGUGUCUACUUCAGCAGGUAAUGGAGGACCUUCAUUUCAAUCUCUUCACAAUGGAGCACCUUGGGUGAUAAAUGUUGCUGCUGGUACUUCGGAUCGUGAAUUCCAUGGAAAUCUUACACUUGGAAAUGGAGUUUCACUCACAGGCUUGUCUUCUUAUCGAGGAAAUUUCUCUGCUACCAAUAUCCCAGUUGUUUUCAAGGAUAGGUGCGAAAAUUUUCAAGAAGUAAUCCCAUUUAAGAACAAGAUUGUAGUUUGUGAAGACAAGAAUGAAUCUGUUGUUUCUAGUCAAGUUUCUAACGUGUUUUUAGCAGGAGCUGUUGGAGGUGUUUUCAUUUCAAACGUACCACAACAAUAUCUAUCACAUCUCUUAAAGAAUCCAGUUCCAGCCAUCUUUAUUAAUAAGAAAGAUGGAGAAAUUGUCAAAGAUUACAUACAGAAGAACUCUAACUCUAGUAAAAUACAAAACAUGUCUUUCAUGAUAACAGUUUUUGGUGCUAAGCCAUCACCUAAGGUUGAUUCUUAUAGUUCAAGAGGGCCAUCAUAUAGUUGUCCAUAUGUGUUGAAACCUGACAUUACAGCUCCUGGUACAUCAAUCUUAGCUGCAUGGCCCUCAAAAGUUCCUGUGUUCCUUGGAACUGAAGACUACAACAAUUUCAAUGUUUUAACCGGAACAUCUAUGUCAUGUCCUCAUGUUGCUGGCGUGGCAGCCCUCUUAAAAGGAGCGCAUCCAGAUUGGAGCCCGGCAGCUAUUAGGUCAGCCAUGAUGACAACAUCAGACAUACUUGAUAAUACUAAGCAACCCAUCAAAGACAUUGGAAACGAUAACAAAGAUGCAACCCCUUUAGCAUUGGGAGCUGGUCAUGUUAAUCCUAAUAGAGCACUUGAUCCUGGUCUUGUUUAUGAUGCUGGUGUACAAGAUUACGUUAAUCUUCUUUGUGCACUUAACUUCACGCAACAAAACAUCACUGCCAUUACAAGAUCCUCUUCCAACGAUUGCUCUAAACCGUCCUUAGAUCUUAACUACCCUUCUUUUAUCACUUUCGUAGAGGCUGGAAAUACUUCUGUAAGGACAACCCGUGAAUUUCACAGAACAGUUACCAAUGUUGGUGAAGGAAAGUCAACCUAUGUUGCUAGCAUUACUCCAAUUAAAGGGUUCAAUAUCAGCGUCAUACCAGAUAAGUUGGUGUUCAAUGAGAAGAACAUGAAGUUAAGCUUCAAGUUGAAGAUUGAAGGCGAAAAAGUGACAAAAAAGAAUGAAGUAUCUUUUGGAUAUCUCACUUGGAAUGAUGGGAAACAUGUUGUAAGGAGUCCUAUAGUGGUAUCUACCCCCAAAUUCGACUUGUAG